AUGGGCCGUACGGAGAAAUCAUUAAUCCGGGAACUAUUUAGCAACCUAACUUGCGAUGGCAGGACUCCCUCCCAACUCCUUCGUUAUAUGAAAAGCCGACUCGGCAAAAAUACCAUGGCUGACUCUAUAUUGAAGAGCUUGUGGCUGGACCGUCUCCUCACCACCAUUACACAAAUUUUGGCGCCCAUGUCCGAAAACACCCCGAUCGACCAGUUAGCGGACGCCGCUGACCGUAUUUUCUCGCAACUGGAUCAUCGGACAACGCCAGUACACAGUGCUGAAGCGACUGGGGACCACAGGUCCUUGGAAAAAACAAUGGAGGAUUUGCAACGCCAAGUUAGAGAUUUAACGUUAGCUAUAGAAAGCCAUGGUCGAAGCCGGCUCCCCUCCCGCCGGCGCUUCAGAAGUCGACCUCGCUCGUCCAGUCGGAACAAGGAUGCCACUUCUACUAUGUGUUACUACCACCGACGAUUUGGGUCUGCAGCACACUACUGCACCAAGCCGUGUUCCUAUACUGCGGUCGCGGAAAACAAAACCGCCAGCGAUGUCUUACCCAUGCGUGAUAAAGCACGUCAACAACCUUUCCAGCUCCGCCUACAAGCAGCAAAUGGUUCCAGUAUUAAUACUUACGGUACGAAGUCCCUUACCCUAAACAUAGGAAUGCGACGAGACUUUACCUGGAAUUUUUCUGUUGCUGACGUCCAGAUGCCGAUAUUAGGUGCCGAUUUCCUGGCGCACUAUGAUCUAGCCGUUCGAAUGAACAAUCAUUCCCUAACAGACAACUUAACAAGACUGUGUGUUCUUGGCACUUACUCUAAACUUACCACCACUGGCAUCACCGUGGCAACUUGCCACAAUAAAGAAUACUUAGACUUAUUGAAUCAGUACCAGGACCUCCUGCGUCCUGCUGGAUCUAUUGAUUCAACUAAACAUCAAACACAGCACUUUAUUAAGACCACUGGUCAACCUGUUUUUUCCCGUCCUCGUCGUCUAGCACCUAACAAAUUAAAAUUCGCAAAGAAAGCUUUCGACGACAUGCUACGAGAGGGUGUUAUUCGUCCGUCCGACAGUCCCUACGCUUCCCCUCUUCAUUUGGACUUACGCCUUAAAAUGGCAAACUUAUGCUAUACACCACCGCGGCACUGCCCGAGUGAUAUCUAUUUACCGCACCAGCUCAAGGACUGCGAGUUUGUAUUUGUACGUAACGACUCUGUUAAGCGGCCUCUUACGCCGGCCUACACAGGCCCAUACCGCGUUCUUAAACGCGCGGACAAAUAUUUCCAAAUACAAAAAGGUAUUCACACCGACAACGUUUCAAUAGAUCAGUUGAAACCUGCCUUUAUAGAGAAACCGUCGUCUCAUACUACUUCCCAAUCAACUCCGCAAGUUCAGGAGAAUUUCAAGACACCUGUUUCUCUCGACAAGCCUAAAUUCAUUCAUCUCCGUACAUACUUGGCGAUCGGAAAACACUUUUGUGAAUCCAAAAUGCAACGUGUUGGUAAUCCUUUGAUCAAUGUUGAGUGGUUAGUGGAGAAUUUACACGUAAGUACAAAUCUGAAAAUCGUGGAUGCCACUUGGGUUUACUUAAGCCCAGGAGAAGGAUACAAGAAAUUUUAUCAAAAGCAACAUAUUCCUGGCGCCCAGUUUUUUGACUUGGAUGAAUGCUGUGAACCAACUGAGCUAUUUCCGUGUCCUCUGCCGGAUUCGAAAUGCUUCAGUGAUUAUAUAGGGCGCCUUGGUAUCAAUAAUGACAAUCAUGUGAUCAUCUAUGACCAGAUAGACGCCAUGGGUACAUUUAAAACCUGGUGGCUUUUUAAGUACUUUGGCCAUGACAAUGUUUCUGUACUGAACGGUGGCUUGAAACAGUGGUUGAACGCAGGCCAAUCGGUGACUGACAAAGUUUGUCCUGUUCAGAAAUCCGUAUUCAAAGUACAGCGUCGGUCGCCGAUGGAGAAAUUAUUUGAAGAUAUUGUCGAAAUCGUUCAGAAAAACUCGGAAGAAAUCGUCGAUGUUCGCCCGGCAGAAUUCUUUGAUGGCAACCCCAAAAAUGGCGGAGGACAUAUUGCCAAUUCAAAGAACGUUCCAUACUUGACACUUUUUAAUGAAGAUGGGUGCAUGAAGUCAAAAAAUGAGCUGGAUAAACUUUUGCAAAGUGCAUCGAUCGACCUGAACAAACCGAUUGUGUCGACAUGCCAAGUUGGCGUGAGCGCUUGUGGCAUGAUCGCAGCACUGGAACUCUUGGGCAAAGAUUCUACCCUUUACGUGGGUUCUUGGCAAGAAUGGUCAGCAAGAAAUGCAUCCAACGCACCUAAAAUCUAA